AGGAGCGCGGCUGGAUGCUGCGCCGCCGCUUCGCCUCUCACCUCGUCGACUUUUACCUCGCCGACGAGUCGCCAUGCGUGGGCCUGCCGGCGCACCUCGACGAGGGGCGCGCCGCGCCGCGCCGCGCGCGCAUGGGCGACAAGUGCACGCUGCCGCAGCUCGAGCACAUGGUCGCGCUCCUCUCGCUGCUGGCGCGCGCGGCCCACCGGCACGAGCCGGUCGCGCGCACGCCCCUCUCCCUCGAGGGGCGGCUGCUACACAUGGCGGCGGACGAGUACCAGCUGCUCGGCCACGGCGCGCUGCUGCGGCGGCUGCUCAAGGACGGCCUCCACGUCGCCGCCAUCUGCGAUUUGUGCGAGCACCUGUGCUACGAGUCGCGCGACGCGACGGAGACGGCGCUGCACGUCAUCCUGUCGGGGAUCGACACGAUGGACAACGAGCAGCUCGGCCCGUACCUGACCACGUUUUGCCACGUCGUUGACCUCGCCGACUCGCUCGCCGCGUGGCGCAUCGACUGGGCGCUGCAGCGGCUCCUCCACGUCAUCUCGAACAACAUGCGGUACAAGCAGGCCACGAUCUCGUGCAUGCGAGCGCUGCUUUCCCUCUGCGUCCUCUCGUCCCGCCCUCGCCGCUGGAUGCUGCACCAGCGCGCGCUGUGGGUCAAGGAGUGGCUGCUCUCGGGCCUAUCGUCGCAGGUGCGCUGCACCGCGGAGCACUUCAUCAAGGCGAUCCUCGCCGCCGAGUCGCAGCCCUCCGCCGCCGCGGCGGGGGCGGCGGCGGCCGGCGACACGGCGGUCGGCGCGGCGUUGCCGCCGCCACCGGCAGGGCUUGCGGCCGAGACCGGCGCGGCCGCGGACUUUGGGCUGACCGGCGACGCGAUGGCGACCGAGGUGGUGACCGAGAUGGCGGUCGAGCCGUCAGGCGCCGCGCCGGAGCUCGCCGUCGCCGAGGGGGGCGCCGGCGCUUGCUCGCCGGCGCUGCUGAGCAUGUACGAGCACCUCGUGAGCCACGUCGUGUUACGCGAGCUGCGCGAGCUGCCCGCGGCGGCGGCGGCCGGCGCGCAGGCGUCCAAGCACCCGGACGACGUGCCUCCGCCGCGGCUGGCGCCGUACUUUCGGCUGUGCGCGUGGUGCGCGCGGCGCGGCGCUGUCUCGCCCUCGCUGCGCGUCGAGGAGCUGCAGGACCUGUACGCGCUGCAGGACGGGCACCGCUUCGAGUGCGACGAGACCAAGCGCGAGAUGCUCUCCUUUUGGCACGCGGCGACGCGCGCUUCCUUUGCGUGCGUGGCGCGCGCCCCCCCCCUGGUCGCGCCGCCGCCGCAGGCACUCAGCGCGGCGUUCCACCGGCUGCUCGACUCGUUCGUCAGCUUGCGGCCGAACGAGCGGUUCCUCGAGUACAACCGCGCCUUCCUGCCCUCCUUCUACGGGCUGCUGCGCGAGAUGCUUGACUGCCCCGGCGGCGACGAUUGCUUGCGCGUGCUCGUGCCGCAUCGCAACUGGGAGUGGGCCAUCAAGUACGUGAUCGUCGACACGGCUGAGUACGUGCAGCUGCUGCAGACGCCCGACCAGGAGCCGGACCCCUUCGCCCACACCCUGCGCAGCCUGCUGCGCUCCUCCGCCGGCGUCAACGCCGAUUGGCGGCUGCGCACGCUCGGCGUGGCGCUCAGCUCCAACAAGCUGCUCACCAACCGCGCCAACGUGCUGCCGCUCCUCGUCAUUUGCAUGGCGGGUGAGGAGGAGGUGGCGACGGCGUGCGAG